AGCAAAGGACCGGAAAUGCGCCCGCGCGACGCUCUGCCCUCCUCUCUGUGCCCGCGCGCGCUAAAGGCGGUGCUUCUGGGGCGAGCUUCCGGUUUGCCUCAGGAACGAGGAAGGAGGGAGAAAAUGACGGCGGCGGCGGUGGCGGCGGCGCUGCUUUGGGGUACCGUGGCGGCGGCGACGACGGCAGGCGGCGGCGAGGAGUCGUCGGGGGUGGUGACGUGCGGCUCGGUGGUGAAGCUGCUCAACCCUCGCCACGGCGUCCGCCUCCACUCGCACGACGUCCGAUACGGCUCCGGCAGCGGCCAGCAGUCAGUGACAGGAGUCACGACGGUCGACGACAGCAACAGUUACUGGCGGGUUCGGGGCAAGACGUCCACGGUGUGCGAAAGGGGCACUCCUGUGAAGUGCGGCCAGUCCAUCAGGCUGACUCACAUCAACACAGGCCGCAAUCUGCACAGCCAUCACUUCACCUCACCCCUCUCGGGCAACCAGGAGGUCAGUGCCUUUGGGGAGGAUGGCGAGGGGGACUUCCUCGAUGACUGGACCGUCCUGUGCAGUGGCAGUUACUGGGACCGGGACAGCGAAGUGCGCUUCAAGCACUCCUCCACAGAGGUGCUCCUCUCGGUGACUGGCGAACAGUAUGGGCGGCCUAUUCACGGCCAGAGGGAGGUCCACGGCAUGUCUUACUCCAGCCAGGACAGCUACUGGAAGGCCAUGGAAGGGAUCUUCAUGAAGCCUUCCGAGUUUCUGAAGGCGCAGCUCUACCACGCUGAGCUAUGACAGCGGAAGGGGGCUGACGUGUCUUAUUCCCCCCCCCCGCCCCUAACGGUCUGAUGUUCAGGGGCAGCAGGCCCAACUGAGUUCCUGGGUGGUUUUCUGAAUGGCUGAGGCUGUAGGUGUUACAGGGGCCUACAGAGGUGCUAAGAUGCUGUCCUGUCGUUUGAAUACCAGGACAAAGGUUCUCAACCGCUCCCUGUGCUGCCAUCUGCAACAGUGUUUGUCCCCUUAUUUCUCCCUGCACACCCUUCUAUUGCUGAUAUUCAAGCACACGUGUGCCUGGGAAUCAGCCAUAAAUAAAUUUGCAGGUUAUGCAAGCUUG